UUGUGAAUGUGCAGCCUACUGCACUCCAUACCAGGAUAAACGAGGCUGCACUUAAAUUAUUGAAUAUCUUAAAUUGCACUAAACCUUCGCUACGUCGCAUUAUAUUUACACACGCGGACUGUUUACUCCACGGAGGUAAGACUGACUGACGCAAAAGCUCGCAAGAAGUCAACCCAUUGGCUUUUUUGACUAAGACAGUCUGAAAUCCAGCUGUUGGUUGAUGUUACGGAUAGCCUGCCUUCCGUGCUGAUAAGACAAACGCCGUUUUCUGAGGCACUGUCUGACAGGAGGAACAAGCGAAAAAUCAAGAGCUGUCACGUCCAAGCAAGCGCUAAAGGAGAUGGGACUGGGGCCUCGGCCCUCUGGAGACAGAUUCAGAACGUCGCCCCCUGCAGGCCAGGCAGGCUCGCUGUGAGGCCCCCGUCCUCCCAUCCAUGAUUUCUUCAUAGCCCUGUACAGACUGGUGCAGUCAUGUUCAGGAACAGCUUAAAAAUGCUGCUUAGCGGCGGCAAGUCCAACCGCAAGAACCGGAAUAGUGGCGGCGGAUCGACAGACAGUGAGGGUGUGUGUGACGGGGACUACGGCGUGCCCCCACUGCCGGUGACAGAAAGCAUGCAGCACAUGCGCAUCAUGGAGGGCGUGUCGCGAUCGCUGCCCUCGUCUCCUCUCCUCUCACACCAGGCCCUCAGCUCACGCCUGCACACUACCAAACGCCUGCCCGGUGAGGGUCAACAUCCGGAGCUUGGCCCCCCUCCCUCGGUGGACGAGGCCGCUAACACCCUGAUGACACGCCUCGGCUUCCUGCUGGGAGACAAAGUCAACGAGGGGCCCCCAGGGCCACAGUACAGUAUGGAGGAGCCAGACGACAGCCAGGGUAUGCUGGUGACCCAAAGGAUCAGUCCGUGCUCCAGUCUGGCCAGCAGCACAGCGUCGCCACCUGCUGGUAGCCCAUGCUCCACGCUGCCCCCCGGGCCCCCAGUGCACCCUGGGAACAGAGACUGCAGUGCCUACGGCUCCAUCACCAGCCCCACCUCCACCCUGGAGAGCAGGGACAGCGGCAUCAUCGCCACUCUAACAAGCUACUCGGAGAACGCCGAGCGGGGCGGUAAGCACGGCGACGGCGGCCGCGGCAGCCUGAAGCUGUGGCAGACGCAGAAGUCGUCUGGCGCGGGCAUGGGCAUGGCCAUGGGCAUGGGCAUGGGCCUGGGCGGCGACUCGUUCCUCUACCGCGUGGACGAGAACAUGGCCGCCUCCACGUACAGCCUGAACAAGAUCCCCGAGCGCAGCCUGGACCACGCCUCCUCGCACUCCGCCCACUCCAUCCCCCUCUACCUCAUGCCCCGCCCCAACUCCGUGGCAGCGACGAGCUCGGCUCACCUGGAGGACCUGGCCUACCUGGACGAACAGAGACACGCCCCCUUACGCACCUCCCUCCGGAUGCCCCGCCAAAGCGCCGGGGCCGCACGCGCCGCUCAGGACCUCAGAGUGCGCUUUGCCCCGUACCGGCCACCGGACAUCGCCCUGAAGCCGCUGCUCUUUGAGGUGCCCAGUCUCUCCACCGACACCACCUUCACGGGCCGCCAUUGGCUCUUCCAGGAGGUCGAGGCCGGUCUCCGUGCCAACAACCCCACGGCCAACCGCGGCGUGGUGAUUAUGGGCAAUGUGGGCUUCGGCAAAACCGCCAUCAUUUCCCGCCUGGUGGCACUCAGUUGCCACGGCAACCGCAUGCGGCAGAUUGCGUCAGACAGUCCACAUGCCUCACCAAAGCAUGGAGAUGGCUUGUCUCUCAGUCAGCCCCAGUCGGCUCAUGGUACUUUAGUGGGGGGCAGCUGUCCUGGAACUCCUGAGAUGAGACGACGUCAAGAGGAAGCGCUCAGAAGACUAGCUUCACAGGUGGUGGCGUAUCACUACUGCCAGGCGGAUAACGCCUACACGUGCCUGGUGCCGGAGUUUGUGCACAACGUGGCCGCGCUGCUGUGCCGCGCGCCGCAGCUCCUGUGCUACCGCGAGCAGCUGCUCCGCGAGCCGCACCUACAGAGCACGCUCAGUCUGCGCUCCUGCGUCCAGGACCCGCUCAACGCCUUCAGGAGAGGAGUGCUCGAGCCACUGGAGGUGCUGCACAGAGAGAGGAAGAUCGCGUGCGAGGACGACCUGGUCAUUCUGAUCGACGGCCUGAACGAGGCAGAGUUCCACAAGCCUGAUUACGGCGACACCAUCGUGUCCUUUCUGUGCAAGACCAUCGACCGCUUUCCCCCUUGGCUCAAACUGGUGGUCACGGUCAGGACGUCUCUGCAGGACGUGACCCACCCUCUGCCGUUCCACCGCAUCUCGCUGGACACGCUGGACGAGAACGACGCCAUCGACCAGGACCUGCAGAGCUACAUCCUGCACCGUAUCCACAGCAGCCCCGAGAUCCAGAGCAACAUCUCGCUCAACGGCAAGAUGGACAACGCCGCCUUCUCCAAACUCAGUGCCCACCUCAAGGCCCUCAGCCGCGGCUCCUACCUCUACCUGAAGCUCACACUCGACCUCAUCGAGAAGGGCUACCUGGUGCUCAAGAGCUCCAGCUACAAGGUGGUCCCGGUCAGCCUGGCGGAGGUGUACCUGCUGCUGCUGAACAUGCGCUUCCCCACGCAGUCGUCGUUUGAGCGGGCGCUGCCGCUGCUGAACGUGGCGGUGGCCUCACUGCACCCGCUGACGGACGAGCAGGCGUACGGCGCGGUGAACUCGGGCGCGGUGCGCGGCGCCGUCAUGGAGUGGGAGGACUUCCUGCAGCGCGCCGAGCUCCUGUCGCCCUUCUUGGUGCGGAGGCGGGACGGCACACGCAUGUUCGUCCACCCCUCUUUCAGGGAGUGGCUCAUCUGGAGGGAGGAGGGCGAGAAGACUAAAUUCCUCUGUGACCCCAGGAGUGGACACACUCUCCUGGCCUUCUGGUUCUCCCGUCAGGAGGGCAAACUCAACCGCCAGCAGACCAUUGAGCUGGGCCACCACAUCCUCAAAGCACACAUCUUUAAGGGCCUGAGUAAGAAGGUUGGGGUCUCCUCGUCCGUUCUGCAGGGGCUGUGGGUUUCUUACAGCACAGAGGGGCUGUCCACUGCCUUGGCCUCCCUUAGGAACCUCUAUACACCCAAUAUUAAGGUAUCUCGUCUGCUGAUCCUGGGAGGUGCCAACGUGAACUACCGCACGGAGGUGCUGAGCAACGCGCCCAUCCUGUGCGUGCACGCCCACCUGGGCUACGCCGAGACGGCGGGACUACUGCUGGAGUUCGGCGCCAGCGUGGACACCACGUCCGAGAGCGGCAUCAGCGCCCUGAGCUACGCCGCCGCCGCCGGACACCUGACCAUCGUCACCAUGCUCUGCGCCAAGAAAGCCAAGGUGGAUCACCUGGAUAAGAGUGGUCAGUGUGCUCUGGUGCACGCCGCCCUGCGGGGUCACCUGGAGGUGGUGAAGUUCCUGGUGCAGUGUGACUGGAACCCAGACGGCCAGCAGGGGGCGUUCAGCAAGAGCCACGCAGUUCAGCAAGCCCUCAUCGCAGCUGCAAGCAUGGGAUAUACAGAGAUUGCAUCUUACCUAUUGGACCUACCAGAGAAAGAUGAGGAAGAAGAGGAGCGAGCACAGAUCAACAGCUUUGACACUCUCUGGGGAGAGACAGCUCUGACAGCGGCAGCUGGUCGGGGGAAGCUGGAUGUGUGCCGUCUGCUGCUGGAACAGGGUGCCGCUGUGGCACAACCAAACCGGCGUGGCAUCGUGCCCCUCUUCAGCGCCGUGCGCCAAGGACACUGGCAGAUAGUUGAUCUGCUAUUGAACCAUGGCGCCGAUGUCAACAUGGCCGACAAGCAGGGCCGCACUCCUCUCAUGAUGGCCGCCUGUGAGGGACACCUGGGCACAGCCGAGUACCUGCUAGCACAGGGUGCAUCCCUGGCGCUGAUGGACAAGGAGGGGCUGACGGCUCUGAGCUGGGCGUGUCUGAAAGGCCACCUCCCAUUGGUCCGUGCCCUGGUGGAAAAGGGUGCGGCCACCGCCCAUGCGGAUAAGAGCGGCCGAACCCCACUGGACCUGGCCGCCUUCUAUGGAGACUCAGAGGUGGUGCAGUUCCUGGUGGAUCACGGUGCGAUGAUUGAGCACGUGGACCACAGCGGCAUGAGGCCUCUGGACCGGGCCGUGGGCUGCAGGAACACGUCAGUGGUGGUGGCCCUACUGAAGAAGGGUGCCAAGAUAGGUCCAGCGACGUGGGCAAUGGCCACCUCAAAGCCGGACAUCAUGAUCGUGCUUCUCAGCAAACUGAUGGAGGAAGGAGAUGGUUUCUAUAAGAAAGGGAAGGUGAAGGAGGCUGCCCAACGGUACCAGUAUGCCCUAAAGAAGUUUCCUCGUGAGGGCUUCAGCGAGGACCUGAAGACCUUCCGUGAGCUCAAAGUCUGCCUGCUACUCAACCUGUCCCGCUGUCGCAGGAAAAUGAACGACUUUGGGAUGGCUGAGGAGUUUGCCACCAAGGCUCUAGAGUUGAAACCCAAAUCGUACGAGGCCUUUUACGCCCGAGCCCGUGCCAAGCGCAGCAGCAGGCAGUUCCACGCAGCCCUGGAGGACCUGAAUGAAGCCAUGCGCCUGUGCCCCAACAACCGUGAGAUCCAGCGCCUGCUGCAGCGCGUGGAGGAGGAGUGUCGUCAGGUGGCCCAGCAGCAGGAGCUGGACCAGCCCCCUUCCCCACCCCCCGACCAGGAGCCGCCCGUCCUGCCCCCAGCGCCCCUGGAGCCCCGCCUCUCUGACAUGGAGCCCGUGCAGGACCUGUUCGAGGAGGACGAGGACUACCUGGAGCGAGACAUGGAGGCCCUGCCGCCACUAGGGGGCGGCGGAGUGGUGAUGGCCCCGGGCCCCUGCUGCAGCCCUGCCACGCUCCCCGUCAUCCAGAACAUGCCGCCGUCGCCGGGCCACCGCGACUCGCCCUACCUGUCGUCCGGCGGCGGCCAGGCCUACGAGAUGCGGCCCAGUCCGCCCUCCGUGCCGUCGCCCACGCGCCAGGGCUACCAGGUGUCCACCUCGCCCUCCUCGCUCUCGCCCACCCACCAGAGCGCAGGCCACUUCCGGCCGAGCCCGCCGCACACCUCCCCAGCUCACCAGAUCUCCCCGCAGCAGCUGCCGCCGGGCGGCUCCUACCACUUCAGCCCGCCGCCCUCACCCCUGCGCCGGGGCCCGCAGUACCGCGCCGGCCCGGCCUCCGACCCUGUGGGCCUCUACCGCCCGCAGUCGGCCUCGGCCGCCUCUGCCCGCUACCACCAGGAGGUGCCGCUUCAGCUGCCCCAGUCCCACCAUCACCACCCGCAACACCACCACCACCCCCACCACCACCACCCCCACGCCGGCCGGCCCAAGUCGCCCCUGUCCAAGAUGUCGGCCCAGCGCUCCUUCCAGCUGCCCCAGCAGGUGCAGGUGGCGCCGCAGCAGGGCCAGUGGCUGCAGCCGGCCAAGGCGCAGAUCGUGCGCACCAACCAGCCCAGCGCCGCCGUGCACUCCAGUGCCGUGCUGGGCAGCAGCGCCUACAGCCAGAUGGCGCACUCCAUGAGCGCCCGCUGCCCCGGCGACGCGAUGGACGAGCUGACCGAGGGCGGCGGCUACGGCGGCUCGCUGCAGGUGCAGGGCAGCCUGAGCGCGGGCAUGUUGUACCAGCGCGCCAUCAGCAUGGACCCGGGGCUCAUGGAGGACGAGCCGCCUCCGCCGCCGCAGCAGCAGGCUCCACUGCAGCGGCCGUCAUCGGCCUACCAGCGGCCCGUGACCGGCGGGCUGCGCGCCUACGGCCAAACGCCGCAGAUCAGCCGCAGCCAGUCGGCGGCGUACUACUCGGCAGCGCAGCCGCCGCACGAGCUGGAGCGCCAGCAGGCCCCGCUGGGCUCGCCCGAGAACCCGCACGCACUCCGCAGACCGGUCAGCGCCACCGCCGCCGAGCCCAAGCAGCACGUGCCGACGCCGCGCCCGCUCAUCCACUCGCAGAGCGUGGGCCUGCGCUUCUCGCCGUCCGCCAGCAGCCUGGGCGGCGCCGGCUCGGCGGUCAACCUCGGCCCCGGCUUCAGGCCCUCGGCCCAGCAGAUGGAGAUCCCGCUCAAGCUGUCCUACGAGGGCGGCUUCUGCGACGAGCUGUCGCCCGUGGUCGCCCCGCCGCCAAGGCUAAGCUGGACAUGCGCGUGAUGGGGCGGCGCGUGCCCCGCAAGCCCUGCGGCUUCCUCGCCUCCGCCCUUCAUGGGAAUCAUCGACAAGACCGCGCGCACGCAGCAGUAUCUCCAGCAGCCGCCGCCACCUCAGCAGCCCUCCUCUUCCUCGUCCUCCUCCUCGCCGUCGUCGCGCGCCUGGGCCGUGUCGUCGCUGGACACGGUGGUCAGCAGCCCGGCCACGUCGCCCAGCAACACGGGCUACAGCCAUAUUGCCUACUACAACCGUACCAACAACGCCCACAACGGGCACCUGAUGGAGGAGGACUACUACUCUGUGCCCAUGGCGGCCGACGCCAUGGGCCGCGUCAGCCAGGCGCCCACCUACCCGGACGUGAAAGUGGCUCGGACGCUGCCCGUGGCGCAGGCCUACCAGGACGGCGGCGACUACCGGCAGAUGGGCCGCGCUGACCGCCAGGGCCCCACCUCCCCCAUCAAGCCAAAGAGACCGUUCGUGGAGUCAAACGUGUAGGGCAGCAAGGCGGCUCCAACACACGCACACACACACACACACACACACACUCCCAUAUUCACACACAGUGUGUAUGUUCACAGACCGUCUCACCAAUGAGCUUUCAGCCUGGUGAUGCUAACCAUCCCAUCAUUUACAAACAGACUGGCACAGAACAUUACCAAGCCACAUCUCUCAUGUUAAUGUAUUAAUGCUGAAUACUCCAAACUGGGCAAAGGUGGGCUUUGCUCUUCAUUUGAAAACAGUCUCUGGUGCACAGUUCUAAGCUGGGGGGUCAAUUGAAAGGAAAAACAGAGCUUGGAUAGAUGUCUGGAUUUUAAUACUUACUGUUUAUAGUGUGGCCUUACAGAAAUAUUAAUAUACUACAGUAUAAACAGCAACAAGUCUUAAAAUAAUACAUCCAAGUGCUGUUUUUUCCUCAAGGUGUCAAUGCUGAUUAUUAACUCAAGGCUUUGUACAGAAAGACAGCUGUUUCAGAGGUCCAGUGGAGUUCCACCGUCUAGAACGGGCCAGUGGUGAGGUUUGUGGUCCCAGAACCCAGGAGCGCUCAAGUGCUUCAGAACGUAAAACCACCUCACGUAAGAUCGAUCAGGCAGUAUGUCGGUUCUAACGCUCGACCUGAAGACUUCCGGUAUUCACACCAGGAGAAGAAAGCUGGCCAGUAAUGCCUUCCCGUCGCGGUGCACUAGUGGGGGGUCGAUGCAUCGCAGCCUUGGGCUCUCAUCUGAAACUUUCCCAGCCUUGCAUAAUUACACUCGGGGCAACUCGCACUGCUUUGCUCCUUCUGUAAAAGUGACUUUGAAAAAUCUGACACCAGGUAAAUCUGUACAUAGCAAAAGCGAAAAAGUAAUAUUUAUCAUUUUAAGUUAUGUUUGUAAAAUAAUUAUAUAUAUAAAAAUAUAAAUAUAUAUACCUAAUUUUUGUUUUUUUCUCUACUUGAUUGUACAUUUAUUUACCUUCCCGUUUGUUUUUAAGUGCUGCCCAAAAAGGGUUGUCAUGCAGUUGGGUUAGGAAGGGAAAAGAGGAUUGGCUCAGUGUCUCGGCUGGCCCACUUCUGAGAAGCACGUGAGAAAUGGCCAAACAAUAGCGGGCUGUGCUGUACAAAUCAAACACAGGCGUGCUAAUCGGUGCCUCGGACCAUGUGACUUCCUUUAACGCUGGACAGGAAACUAAAGGGCAGCGCUGCCACUCCGUGAUUAGGGGUCAUUUGAUAACUAGUGAGAAAUUGAGAGAAAUGCAUGAAGUCUACCGUCCACUCAUGAGUAGGCUGAGAUUCAUCGGUGUGGACCAUGGAGACUCUAUCUUAAGAAUAGUGCAGCCAUGAAGGGGCACUCUGUCUGAGAGUGCGGGUGUUUGGACGUAUGCGCGCUUAUUGGCAGCUAGCGGUGGCUCAGCUUUGAGUCCGCUCUUAAAUAAUACCAUGUGUCCUUGCCCUCACGCUAAGCUUAAAGGAAGGCCUUGAGAUGAGCAUAUUUGAGUUUUUUUAUUUUAUUUCUUUUCAGCACCUUUGCUGCAAAGAUCAAAAUCAGACAUUGAGGAGAGGGUACAGGCAUUAGACAUAAUGGACACCUCCUCUCAGUCCAAACCCUCACUGGUUAAUGAAAAGGAUUUCAUGAGUGAAUUCAUAUUGGACCUUACCAGAUGGCUUGACAAACAUCACAACAGAAUCAAGUCCACUAACAGGAAAUAACAGGAAGUGUCUGUGAUGUCAGAGGUCAAAGCAGGAUGUAGUACGGGAAGUAUUUUCAGCCAAUGUUGUUUUUUAUAUGUAUAAAUAUAUAAGUUCUGUGUAAAUGACUGUACAUAAAGAUUCCACUAAAGAAUGCAUGCUCUCUGCUGAUUCACACACAUUCAAGCAAAGACAUUGUUUGGCGAGUGUUUGCAAUGGAGUGUGUGUGUGCGUGUAUGUGUGUGUUUGUGCGCAUACUUAUUUUUUCCAUUGUGGAGAGGAGAUGAGUCUUUAAAGAGUUGAUCUUUUAUCCUUUUUUGUACUUUGUUUUGUUUUUCAUCUUUCAGGGCUUGCUGAGGGCCAGGUUUCUGUAAAUUGUGUGUAAAUGUGAGUUGUAACCUUUUGCCAAGGAGGACCGUGACAAAGGAGAAUGCUUUGUUUUGAACCCCAUUAAGCGACUGUAAACUGUACAAUCGGCUGUAUGUAUGAGGAAAUAUUGUACUUAUUUAAAAAUGGCUACCACUUGGAAGAAAACAAGGUGAAAAACAAAGAUGGACUGUGAGACA